AUGGCUUUCAGCAUCGCGGAGUCUCGCUCUCGCUUCCCCGCCUUGAAUCAGGAACAGGUCUUCCUAGACAAUGCAGGAGGCAGCCAGGUGCUGGACACGGUCAUCGAAUCUAUCGUCUCAUACCUUUCCAACACCAACGUCCAACUGGGCGCAACAUACAAGACUUCCAAGUUAUCAACUGCUGCAUACGGUCACGGCUACGAGGCAGCAGCGAAGUUCAUCAAUGCAAGCCCAGACGAGAUCUGCCUGGGAGUGUCGACGACGCAGCUCCUCCACAAUCUUUCCACGGCGCUGGACUUUCAGCCCGGUGACGAAUUGAUCGUUUCAAAGCUUAACCACGAGGCCAAUUCGGCCCCAUGGGAUCGCAUUGGACGCGCUCUGGGAUUGACCGUGAAAUGGUGGGGUGCUUCAGACCGUGAGAACCCGGUUUGCGAUCCCACCGAAUUGAAGGAGUUGAUGUCUGAGAAGACGAGGCUCGUGGCUUGUCCACACGCUUCCAAUAUCACUGGAACCAUCACCGAUGUCAAGAAGAUUGCGACGGUCGUGCAUCAAUCUCCCAGGGCCCUUCUUUGCGUGGACGGCGUCGCGCUCGCUCCACACCGACAGGUCAACAUCAAGGACCUUGAUGUCGACUUCUACGCAUUCUCCUGGUACAAAGUAUACGGUCCUCACAUGGCCCAGUUGUACGCAUCAUCCCGGAUACACGACCAGAUCAACCCUCUAUGCCACUACUUCAAAACCACAGAGACCCUAGAUCUGAAGCUGAACCUGGCCUCUGCCAACUACGAGCUGACACAGAGUAUUCCGCGAGUUUUGGACUAUUUUGGCUCUGACAUUUCUGCCGCGUGGGAUCAGAUCGCCGUCUUCGAGGAGAAGCUGCAGGCAAUCCUCCUGGACUUCCUACGAAGCGAAGACCGCAUAACUAUCUUCGGAGAGCCGUUCGCGAGCAAAGAGCUGAGGCUCCCUAUUAUCAGCUUCACCGUCGAGGGUGUCAAGAGUCAAGCACUUGUGGAAGAGGUUGAGAAAAGAAGCCCAUUUGGCUUCCGGAGCGGACACAUGUAUAGUCAUCGGUUGCUCAAGGACAUUAUAGGCCUUGAGGACAUUGACGAUGGGGUCGUGCGCAUUAGCAUGCUGCACUACAAUACCGAGGAGGAAAUCACAUCACUUGUCCAGGUGUUGCGGGAAGUCAUUGCAGUAAUCUAG